AUGGAGAAAUCCACAUCUUCAACCGGAGCCAGUACCUCUGAAGCAACAAGCCAAUCACCGACCACCUCUACUUCAGGUUUCAACGCCCAAGCCGCCAUUUUCCCGGAGCUUCCGGGAGGACGUCCCACUGCUACUACCAGCCAAUGGGGAGCCAGUUCCCAAACGCCAACCUGCGAUUCGUCGAGCCAGCCAUCAUCCCCGGCCCACACCGACCAACCACUGAACAGCACAGUUCAACUAUUAACAUCGGCGGCCAGCAUGAUAGCUUGCAAUAACCCCCAGGAAUACGUAAGAAUAUUAAAUAUUCUAUACAAAGCAAAUGGUCUUCCAGCUUUCAUAGUUCCAGAAGAAGUCUUCACCAACACCACUUCAAGUUCUCAAGAUACAGUCUUGGUCCCUGACAUCACCGUGAACGCCGCCGUGCUCACGGAUCUACUAUCAACAGCAAAGCCUGCUCCUCCAGCAACUUCAUCACAAGCCACCCAGACGCCGACGCCUCCGCUAUCGACUACUGCUACAGUACCAUCUCUCGUGUGCGAACCCUCUCAACGUCCAAAAUCAGCUGCAACUCCCAUUAAGCCUCAACAGGCAAGAACUGAACCUCCAAGAUUCACUGCAUCUACUCCUGACUCAGCUGACUCAUCAGAUGAGGACGUCUCGGUGGGAACACCACCUCCUCCACUGAAGCAACCCAACACAACAGAAGAUUUCCGGCUGGAAGCUACCUCCAACGAUAGCCUCACCGUAUCAACACGAAGCAAGACCAACAAACACGCCAGGAGGCCUGGGAAGAAGAAAAACACCGACGAUCUGUGUCCGAGUACAUCAAGGAAUCAGUAG